CUGUCAAAAUAUUUAUUAAUGGACCUCUCAACCCCUCCGCCACCACUCCUCACCACCGCCGGAACCACCGACACCACCAUCUCUCAAGUUUACAACAAUGGCGGUGCUGCAUCCGCCGGUGACACAGUAUCACAGCAACAGCAACAACACGCGCCUUCUCCGUCUACGUCGUCAACAUCUUCUAUAAUCAUUGUGAUAAUUGUUAUCGCCUCCGCCAUCAUCGUUUCCGCCUCUAUUUAUCUUUUUCUCCGCUUCCUCUCUCGCCGGUGCAGCCGAUCGGUCAGCUCGUUUUCGUCUGCAGACGACGUCGUUUCUGAUCGUAGGAAUGAAAAUGAAGGUACUCAUCACGUGAUCUGUAUUGAUAACAAUGGAGUCGAAUCCCUUCCGCUUUUUACGUUUUCUUCGCUUACCGGAAAUAUCGCCGGGGGAGAUUGUGCUGUUUGUUUGUCGAAAUUUGAGGCGGUGGAUCAGCUCCGUCUUCUUCCGUUGUGUUGUCACGCUUUCCACGUGGAGUGUAUUGAUGCUUGGCUCAAGGCGAACCAGACGUGUCCGCUUUGUCGGUCUACGGUUAAUCCAACCGAAGCUGAUGUACUGAACAAGAUACUCUCUGUUUCCGAUGGAAGCGGUGGUGGAGGCGGCGGAGGGAAUAGAAAUAACAGUUUUCGAAUAGAGAUCGGGAGUAUUAGCCGUCGACAAACACCGUCUGAUUCAGGCCGGAGGUCGUACUCCGUUGGCUCAUACGAGUACGUGCUCGAAGACGGAUACGAGGUUCCGGUAGAAUCAACACACCGAAGACAUAUCUCCGACUGUACUUCAAUCGAUAAGGACUCCACUACGCCGGAACCACCAGGAGACAAUUUAAUGGCGGAGAUUGCCGCUGAAGGCGGAAGUGCACGGCUCAAUUGGUUGCGUGAUUACGUCGAUCGAGUCUCUGUUUCUCUCUCUUCACGAUCUCUAUCGUUUCGCGGCUCCGGCAGGUUCUUCACAGGAAGCAGUCGCCGGAGCGAGAUGGUUGAUGACUUCGAAACUACUCAUGGCAGGGUCGGAGAAGAGAUCAGCGAGCUUUUUCGGUGGCUCUCAGGGGUAUAAUUGUAAAUCAUUAAAAAGGUAGAGUCCAUCUUAAUACUCCUAUAAUUUUUUUUUUCU